AUGUCCCUCUCAACACUUUCACUGGAUAUUUUGGGGGGUAUCGUCCGUCUCUUGGACGACGCCAGCACCGCGAAACUUGCUAUGACUUCCAGGAGAUUCUACCAGCUGGGUCAACAUGGCUACAGUCCUCGUUCUUCCUUGAGACCAGUCGCUGUCACGGGGUUUGCCUCCACAACCAACACCGUUACCUGGGCUCCUACCGUCUCUCCAACCGCUUCUCAUUUAAGCUCCGUCGCCGCCGACUACGAUCCGCUCGCCAGCACCGACACCGAUGCAACCUCAUCUCCAGAGGAGGAUGAUUGGGAGUUCGAAGUCACCCCAGAAAUGAUCCGCCGCCUUUCACUGCUUCCAGUCCGCCAAUCCGCCGCCAACAUCGAGGGUAUGCCCACCGAGCUCAAGCUUGAGAUCUUCAGCUACCUCGAUUUGAUUGAUUCUACAUGCCUCGGCCUCACAUCACCAAACCUCUAUGUUGUUCACCGAGCAAUUCACGGUACCAAGAUCCCUUUGAACACUCGCCGUGUCGGCCCGAACUCCCUAGAGUCUGCCUGGGAGGUUGUCGGCAAGCAAGAGUGCAAGCAAUGCAAGAUGUACCGGUGCGAGCUCCACGAGCACAUCAAGACCUGGAUGCCCAAGGAUCUGGAGUACUGCUCGAUGAAGAGAAACUUCGGCGUGCGCGCCAAGGAUAACGCUACCCAUCAAUCAUGCUAUCGAGGCAAGCCCAGCAAGCCGCAUCGAUGUGGUCGCCACCCUCUGAGAACCACCUCCGUUCACCAAGACGAUGCUUCAUUCAGCCUUCCCCACUGA